AUGAACCUAUCAGCCGGACCUAGCGGAGUCACUUACGACUUAGUGCCAUAUAGGGCCAGCUCGCCCCCCCACCCCCUGUGGACCAAAGACAACCCUGUCGCAGAAGCUGCUGGCCAGUCUUCCUUGCACUCAUCGUCCGUUGCUAGGAUGGCCUCGGAACCCCCGGCUGCCGCUGCUCUGGAGCAGCCGGCCGACCAGAUGCACACCACUCCUCAGCCAUCGAUCUCACUACCCGUUGAUGAGGGGCAAGAAAACGGACACGAUGUGUUUGACAGGCGAAGUUCCGCCGAUUCCGGCAUUGGCGACGGACAAGCAGAUGAUGGAUUCGUUCUCUCACGAAGCUUGCAAGAUCCGUCCGAGGAGCUCCCGAUCGAGCUUAUCAGCUUGACUGACAGCGCCAAAGUACACAACUCCCCCCCAACGAUCGAGAAAAUAUCAUCCCUCUUUCAGGUCUUCUACAGCCGUGCCGAGACUCAUAUUGCGACUCACAUCUCAGCUCUCGCGUCUCGCAUCAACCGUGAUCCGCCGCCUCAACCUACACCGAAACCGCGGGGAGGUGCACUGUCCAUGCUGAGCAGCAAGCGCUCACAAGACGACUUCAACCAAGGUGCACCGGGUCGGCAAAUGUUGACAGCGGCUGAAGUCGCUGAAAGACGGAAGGCACGCAGAGACCUGGAAUACAAACGGGCAGCUUUGGAAGAGGCUGCUGAGAGGAGGAUCUGUGAGCUGGUGUACGACAAGAUUUGGCGCCACAAAAGCACAUUGGAUGAUGUUCGGGACGAAAAGCUGCGCUCAAAGACUGCUGCGUUGCUGCUGGUCGGCAUCGAUCUGAAAGACUUGGGCGUAGAUAUUGAUAUGGCCUCGAUCGACGAAGAUAAGCAGCGUGAAGCAAACGACUGUCUUGGCCAGGCGAGAGAAUGUCUUGACAAGAUGAACGAUUAUAAAUACCCUUUGGGGAAGCUUCAACAACUUGCAGCAGCCCAUAAAGCCAUUGUCGAUGCGCUUACGAAGCUAUUGCCUUCUUCAUCGUCGGCGGACGAGAUUCUACCAGCCCUGAUAUAUUCACUCAUCACAUGUCCGCCGGAAGGUAUCAACGUUGUCAGCAACUUCCUAUUCAUGCAGCGGUUUAGGUCUUCCAAUAGAAUCGAUGGAGAGACCGCAUAUUGCUUGACCAACCUUGAAGCCGCUAUUAGCUUCUUAGAGAAUGUUGAGCUAUCGAGUCUGCGAGCAGACGAAACUCGAGAAGGUCCUCUCAAGAACCCGGACACAACAACGCCGGCGUCAGAAAGAUUUGACCCUUUCAGGCCCACCAAGGAACCCGCGACAGCGUCAGUGACAACUAUGUCUGCAUCACCCGAGAUUGCAAAACCACAAACUAAAGAGCCAGCCUCUUCGUCGUUACCUCGAGCCCAAUUAUCCCCGCCACCUCAGCAACGGCGCUUGAGUAACCUUCUCCAACCCUCUGCAAAAGUAUUUGAAGCAGCCAAUGACGCCGUGCGAAAUACAGCCGACCAAGGUCUGAAGAAUAUCAGUGCAUCGCUUGAUAACUCGUUCAGCUUCUUUUUUGGUCGAUUAAAAGAAUUUCAAAACCAACUACCAAACUCGCCCGGUGAAAAGCCCAUGUUGCCGAAAACACUCGCCGAAGCGCGGCGUCUUGUUGCUGUACCCCCGUCCGCCAAACAAAACAUCUCUGAUGACUUGGCAUCCAUCAACUCUCUCCAAUCUGAGGAUGGUCUCUCCCGCGAGAACCAGCUCGAGGGCAGCAGAGCUCACCAGCGGAGUCCCUACGCCACGCGAUCGAAGCGCCGAUAG